AUGACAUUUGACAUGAUUGACUACACAGGCAGCAUUAUGGCUCAGGUUUUAGAUGCUGGAGAGGUACUGACUACAGAAAGCAAAGCCACCAUCUCAAGGUUUUUAAAUUGUCUAAGGUCCCUGCAGCAGCCUGAAGUCAUAUCAAUCUUUGAUCUUGCAAAGACUGCCUAUCUACCUGGUCGCACAGAGCAAGUGAUAAAUUUAGUGACAAAGUUACAAUUUGAUGUGAACUUCCCCAUCCCAACAAAUGGAAUGACACUUUUUCUGUGUGCCUGCAUCAGUGGCAGUGCUAGACUUGUGAGUUUUCUUCUGGAUCAAGACGGGGAUGUGACUGUAACCAACAAGGAUGGGGACACUCCUCUCUACCUCGCUACGUUCAAAUGUGCCGGAUCAUCUUGCAGUGACUUCAGACUUAUUCAGACGCUAAUCUCAGUAGGUUGUAAUGUGAAUGCCCAGAAUCACAAGGGGAAUACACCACUACACUGGGCUGCCUCUGAGGGGGAUGUCGAGCUGAUCAAGUUUCUCCUCACCUGCGGAGCGGAUCGUUACAUCAAGAAUAACAUCGGCAUGUAUCCCAUUGGAAUGGCAACUAAUAACGGGCACCUGAGAGCAGGAAAGCAUCUGAAGAUCAGCCUCCCCAACAAUCGAAGCCCAUGGGAUAUGUUUGAGCCCAACACACCCGGCAAGGUAAGACUUGGGUUGAUGCGUCCACAGAGGGAUUGCCUUGCAAUGUCACCAAGACCAAGAAUGAAACUCAACUUCUCUUAG